UGGAACUUUUAUUAAGUGCAUUCUACGGUAUAAAUAUCUACAGUCCCCUAUGGCCCGUAUAAGGGCGGAGAUAUGGAAAGAAAUGCAAAAAAAUCUGUCUAAAUCCCUCCUCUAUCCCCGAAGACAUUGUCCUCUCCCAAGAACCGAAGUAUUAGCACUCGGCCUGAAGCACAGCCGAGAGCAACUGUAGACCCGGCUACUGCCGACGCAUAUGGUCGGUACUCCGACGGUAGCCACAGCAGAUUCUGCCCGCUCCAGGUGAUCCAUGCAUUAUCAGCACUGACGCCGUAGCCUUGCACAGGAGGCUGCUGUGAAGAGGCCUGGAUCGACGUGGGACUCGUAGCUGAUGGUUUGCCAAGCAAGAUCCUGCCAGCAUCUGUGUAGAGGUAUGAGCCCGUCGCAUCGAAUGAGAUAGUAGCGAGUGCUCUACCGACGUCAAAGGUCUGUAGGCACUGCCCCGUAGCCGCGUCCCAGAGCUUGACAGUAUUAUCGUCGAAUGCUGACGCAAGCUGGCGGCCGUCGCCCGAGAACGCGACCGAGUUGACAGGGCCGCUAUGCCCCUCGAGCGUCGCCACGCACUGCCCCGUGGCCGCGUCCCAGAGCUUAACGGUAUUGUCAUCGGACGCCGACGCAAGCUGGCGGCCGUCGCCACGCACUGCCCCAUGGCCGUGUCCCAGAGCUUGACGGUGUUGUCGCUUGACGCCGACGCGAGCUGAUCAAUCUCAACCUAGGCCGUCUUGCCUAUGGUGUUGAUGCGAGGGCCGCCUACUACGACCAGAGGGCUGCGGGCUGUGCUACUGACUGCAUACUGCGUGUUACAUAAGCCCCCGCUCCUUGGCUAUACGUCAUUAUCACGUUGCAACGUUUCCAGCCUCCAAAUUAUUCUUUCAACUUCUUCAUCGCAUCGCUGAAUCUAUCAAUACUUACAUUGAUGUCCUCGUGUUAGUAUAGUACUGCUGACGAGUUCCAUCAGUAUAGAUUCCUGCUUCUGAUCCUAACCCCACCAGGUCUGUCUACACACCCGAACCGACCUAACAACGCACCUGAUACGACCACAGACCCUGCCUGAAACAAUGCGACUCUUAUACAAAUAUAGAGAGGAAUUUAAGCUGAAGGAAUACCCGGGCCCGGAUAUACCCAGAUAUGCCAUACUAUCACAUACAUGGGGCUCUGAUAAUGAGGAGGUCACUUUUCAAGACUUACUUGAUGGUACUGGGAGGGACAAACCUGGCUUCGGCAAGAUCGAGUUCUGUGCAACCCAAUCAAAGCGUGAUGGCCUGCAAUACUUCUGGGUGGAUACUUGCUGCAUCGAUAAGUCAGACAACGCCGAGCUAUCUAAGGCCAUCAACUCUAUGUUCCGCUGGUACCAAAAUUCGACUCGAUGCUACGUAUACCUGUCAGAUGUCCCAAUGUCUGGCUGCGAAGAGUACAACCAACAGCGUGAGCACAUAUUAGAGGCGAAUUUCCGGGCAAGCCGAUGGUUCACUCGAGGGUGGACACUCCAAGAGCUGUUAGCACCUGCAUCUGUGGAGUUCUUCUCAGAGGAGGGCCAGCGACUCGGUGAUAAAAGAUCCCUCGAGAAACAAAUACACAGGAUCACGGGGAUCGCCGUUCCCGCCCUUCAGGGAAGCAGCCUUGCUCAUUUUAGUAUCAAGGACCGCUUUGAAUGGGCAAACACACGGGAGACCAAGCGCGAAGAAGACUGGGCAUACUGUCUCCAAGGUAUAUUUGGCGUUUCGAUGCCAGUUACCUACGGCGAGGGCAAGGCACAGGCAAUUUUCCGGCUCAAGGAAGAAAUCAGAAGAAACCAGCAAUGCCUUGGAGACUUGCGAGCAACUGAUCCCCGCGACGAUAAGCAGCGCAUCGAGCAGACAAAGGGAGGUCUGCUACAAGAUUGUUACAAGUGGAUCCUGGAGAAUAACGACUUCCAGCAUUGGCAAAAUGGCCAGGAUCAGCUGCUUUGGGUGAGAGGCGAUCCCGGAAAAGGGAAGACAAUGUUGCUAUGUGGGGUUAUCAACGAACUGGAGAAACCGCCGGCCACAAACAUCACCUACUUCUUUUGCCAAGCUACGGAUACACGCAUCAACAAUGCGAUAGCGGUACUGCGUGGUCUGGUCUUUCUACUUAUCGACCAGCAGCCAUCGCUUAUACGCUACAUCCGGGACAAAUACGACCAAGCUGGCAGGCCGCUCUUUGAGGAUGCAAAUGCCUGGUUUGCUUUGUCAGCCAUCUUUAAAGACAUUCUCCAGGAUCCAGGUCUCAGGACGACAUACUUGGUCGUUGAUGCGCUAGAUGAAUGUAUUACGGGCCUGGAUGAUCUUGUUCGUUUUAUCAUCCAGACAUCAACUACUGAUUUCCAAGUCAAAUGGGUUGUGUCUAGUCGCAACUGGCCGGAUAUCGAAAAAGCCUUCAGCAAAACGCAAAACUUUGGUCUCUCCCUUGAAUUAAAUGGAGAGUUUGUUUCUACGGCUGUGGCUACCUAUAUUCAAUUCAAAAUGGAGACCUUGGCGAAGGAUAAUGCUUUCGACUUCGAUAUGCAGGACAUUAUUCAAAGCUACUUGAUAAGUAACGCGGGUGGUACGUUCCUGUGGGUGGCUUUGGUCUGCUAGGAACUUGCAAUAAUGUCAGCUUGGGAGGUAAAUAAGGAGACUCUGGCCAUAUUUCCCCCUAGAUUGGAUAGUCUUUAUAGGAAAAUGAUGGGCCA